AUGAUCAAUUCGAUCAUAAAUUAUAAUUAUAGAGAAAAUAAUUUUUUCAAGAAACUCCUUAAAAUAAGAUCUAAAAAUAAUGAUAAUGCUACUGUGCAUAAACCAAUAUAUAUUAACAGAAAAGAAGAAAAAGAUAACAGGGAAGAUAAUUGGGAGCAUGGCAAUACGUAUAACAACGAAUUAGAAAUUCACAUAAGGGAAAAUUUAAAAAAUAUUUUUAAAGAUGAUGCAAAGAAUGAUGGAAAUCUGAUAUCAAGAAAUAAACAGAAAGAAGAACAAAAUUGGAAAAAUAAAAGAACACUCAAUGUCCAGUUAAAAACGAACUCAAAAUACGAUUUAAGAAGCCUAUUAAAUAAGGAAAUACAUGGGGUAGAAAAAAAAAGUCAACUCUUGCCACCUCGAAAACUGGGUUAUAAAAGCAUGAAUAUACAACAAAUAUGGAAACCAAAAAAAGAGGAUUGCGAAAUGUUACAGAUCGAACCGACUGAAAAACCUGAAGAAGAGGAGUGGGAAAUUAUAGAGAUGGAAUCAAUUGAAAAACCUGAGGAAGAGAAUUAUGAAAUGGUAAAAAUGGGGAAAAUUAAAAAACCUGAGGAAGAGAAUUAUGAAAUGGUAAAAAUGGAGAAAAUUAAAAAACCUGAGGAAGAUAAUUAUGAAAUGGUAGAAAUGGAGAAAAUUAAGAAGGUACAUGAAAAGACACAAAUCCAGACGCACUCGGUACUAAAUGCUCUCAAUUUCGAGGCCAAAAUUGCAGCAGAAUGGAAAGAGUUAGAAGAUGCAGAUAAUAAAAUUUGGACAGAUGUAACAAAUAAAACUCAAAAAUUGUUAAUGAAUGCAUUACAAUCUGAUUCCGAUAAAUCUACAAAAAUGGAAAGUUGGAAUAGUAAGCAUAAAUCAUUUACUUUGAUGCGUCGUGUUAAAAAUAAAGCAGAUACACAUUGUUUAGACGAUUUCAAGAAUCAUCUGUUUAAUAAAAUUAAGAAAAAAGAAAAUGAAGAAUCAUGGAUAGGGGAAAAUGAAAUGUGGGAAGUUCUAAAAUAUAUUAAGAAAAAAAGUGAUGCAGACUGGAAUGAAAAACUAGUGAAAUCAUGGACACAAUGGUUCCGCAGCGAAAUACCAGAAAUAAAAUUUGAAAUGUCUAUGACCAAGGUUUAG